UGGGACAUUAAACCCCGAAAACAAAAGACAUUUCGUCAAAGUGCAUAGGUAGGUAGGCAGUGUAACUUUCUCUACGUGAGAUCUUGGUGGUUUGUAUCCAGAAUUCUCGCAGAGGUGAUGGGUCCUUCUCUCGCAUGAACAGCACUGUUCAUAAAAAUUUCUCCGUCUUUCUUGCAAGAGAGCUAUCGUAAUCGAUACGAACUUCUCGUUUCCGCGGCACCAGCCGAAAUGUAUGCACCAUAAUGGCAGUCGCGUUGUCCUGAAAGCACAAUCCACCCACUUCGGCAUAAUCAACAGACCCAUUGCUUUCCGGGGGAUUACUAGAUCGUUCACGAGAAUGGUCGAGCGGAAGGUACCGUCUUUCAAUUACGCCUUAAGUGGUUCUCGGGAAACUUUUCUUGCAGUGUUCUAUAAGUCUACCGACCACUGAGACAAACAAGAAUCUGUCCUGGGGGGAUAUCAUGAAUCAAGUUGCAAAAGAUAUGUUCUAACCGUAGCUACAGCAGUUCUUUCUUUUAUGUGUCCAACAAAGCUAGGCUGCACAGGAUUGUUGGGUGCACACUGGAAUUUUAAAGAGGUCCGAAUGAGAUGAAGCAACGGCUCAAAGCGGAAUAUGCUACUGUAAGGCAACAGAAUAUGCACCUUUCUGACAGAAUAUGUUUUGGCCUCGCUGAAACAGAGCUGGGAGACGGGAAUCUAUUCACUCUUUUUGCCAGCUGAGUGCAUACAGUAUUGCUGCUGCCUCAUCCCUGGCUGUUCUUAAACCCGCUCGAAAACGCCUUGUGAGUUUGUAUAGGCUGUAGUGUAGUCCUUUCUGUGUAUAGUCCUCUCUUCCUCUUUGUUUGUAUAGUGUACAGGCGAUUUCGAUCCAAGGAACUUCCGGCUCGUCUGCGGAGUUUUGCAGAGAGGAGAAAUGGCCUUCCUGGCAACAGCAGCAGCGGCAGCAGCAGUGAUCACAUUCUUCUUUGCCAUUGUCAAUGUGGAUGCUCACCAGAAGAUGUCAUCGCACGGGAUCAUUGGGAAUGCUAUGGACGAAUCGUCCGGAACGGUAGUGUGGAAGGUCGAGAAACAGGGACUUUACGACUAUUUCAAAUGCGCGAGCAGCACCAGUAGGAGCAGCAACGCAGGGCAUUGCAAGAAACACAGGAUCAUCCAACGACUUCUUGCCGAAUCUCCAAAGUCGAGUCCAAAGUCUGGAUCGGGAACCAAGGCAACAUCACCUUCUUCAACGCCAGCAUUGGCCACUGCUCCAUCCACGAGAGCAUCUGCGCCCUCCACUGGCACUGUACCAACGGCUCCGGUUGCGUCUCCAGUUGUGUCUCCAGUUGUGACUGUCCCGGUUACGGCUCCAGUGACGUCUCCACCUGUGGCAACUUCUCCAGUUGCGACACCACCCGUGGUUAUUACGGCUCCACCAGUGGCUACUCCAGUUGUAGCUCCUCCUGUCACUACUCCGGUUGUGGCUCCACCCGUGGCGACUCCGGUAACGUCACCACCUUUGGCGACUCCAGUGGCGUCUCCACCUUUGGCAACUCCAGUCACUGCUCCGGUUGUCUCUCCACCUUUGGCUACUCCAGUUACUGCGCCUGUGAUAGCUCCUCCAGUCGCGACUCCAGUGUCAACCCCACCAGUGGCUGCUCCAGUCGUUACGCCCGUGGCUGCGCCCGUGGUGACUCCAGCGCUGGCACCAGUUGCGGUUCCAGUGACAGCUCCAGUCGUGUCCCCGGUUGUUGCUCCCGUGGCGGCUCCAGUUAUACCUCCUGCGCCAGUCUCGUCUCCAGUUGUGGCUCCAGCUCCUUCUCCGAAGAAGCACAAGAGAUCCCCGGCGCCAGCUCCAGUUCCAGUCCUGGGACCGCCGGCACCUCCUCUUUCAUCACCGACAUCUCCAGCUACCUCAGCGGAAGGCCCUGACUUUGCACCGAUCACUACUCCUAGUGGAGCUUUAAGAUCGAUGCCUGGAUCGCUACUUCUCAUGGCGUUUUCUCUGCUGGUGGUAUUUGUGUGAUUUGUUUUUGGGCAGUUUUGGCAAUUUUUUUCUUUCUUUUUUAUUUUUAAAUUUCUUACCAGGGCGUUCUUGCAUGAUAAAAUGUUGAAGUAAAAUAAUCGUUACCAAACCAAACAUGGAUCGAGGUGGCAAUAGUUGUUGUAAAAGGCGUUGAUUUCAGAUUUUAUGGGGUGCUUACUAAAAUCAUAACAAGCAGCAACUAGCUUAGAACCAUGUAGUCUGUCAGGUUAGCAUGAUUGUUUGAUUGAAACUCAGCUGUCCAUCUAUA